UAUCAUGGCUCAAGGAUCUUUAAAGAAAAUCACCAAACCUACUAAAAAGAAUGCUCGACAAAAGCAAGUCAAAAUGAAAAAAGGAUCACGAACGAUCGCACCUAAACAACAUGCUCUUGUCAAACAAAAAUCCCUUGAGAAGAAACUGACGGCUGCCAUCAAUAAAAAUAUUGAAAAACAAAUGUCUGUGAAAGCCAACGCUAUUGGGAAACUCACUAUUAUGAAGAAGACGGCUGAAGCUUCAGCAUUAGAAAUGAAAGAAAAGAAAAAGAAAUAGAUUUUUAUUCAAUAUAGUUAUUACCCUUUUCCAUAUUUCUUUUAUUAUUAUUAUUAUUCAAUCAUUCAUCAUCAUCAUCUUAUAAUCAAUUUGUCCCAUACCUUUUUACUCAUGCUUCUUUUACAGCGGAGAUGAAAAUCACUUUCCUUAUCGCUUCCCUUUUGUGGUUGGAAACUAAUUUUCUAUUUCUUCCCUUUUUUUUUUUUUCCUUUUUGUUUCAUCGAUAUUACUUGAUCAAUA